AUCAGACCUUCUCAUCUGGGAAAACUAAACUUUUAAGCAGUUGUCGGCUACUAGUAUACCUCAAGAAAACUACAUCGACACCAAAACAAAUGGCGAAACAAUGCCUUCCUUUUCUUUUGUUAUUACAGGUUUGGUUACAGCUUGCUGCCGCCCACUCCACCGUCAAAUAUCUUCCUGGGUUUAAGGGGCCCCUUCCCUUCCACCUUGAAACAGGAUAUGUUGGAGUGGAUGAAGCGGAGGAUGUGCAGCUCUUCUACUACUUCAUCAAGUCCCAGAGGAAUUCUAAAGACGACCCUCUCUUGCUUUGGCUAACUGGUGGCCCUGGCUGCUCUGCGUUCUCUGGUCUUGCUUUUGAAAUCGGUCCAAUAAAUUUUGAGGAAAAGGAAUACAAUGGGAGCUUACCUACAUUGGUUUUCAAUCCAUACUCAUAGACACAGGUCUCCAGCAUAAUAUUCUUAGAUUUGCCUGUUAGCACUGGAUUCUCCUAUGCAAGAACCCCACUUGCUCUUCAGAGAAGCGACUUCAAACAAGUUUCGCAAGCUGAGCAAUUUCUUCGAAAGUGGCUAAUGGAUCACCAAGAACUCCUCUCAAAUCCAGUUUACAUUUCUGGUGACUCCUACUCAGGCAUCAUCGUUCCAGCUGUUGUUCAAAAGAUUUCUAAUGGGAACAAUGAUGGUACCAAACCACUAAUAAAUCUCAAGGGAUACACACUUGGGAACCCUUUUACUGAUCCUACUUUUGAUUUGAACUCAAGGAUUCCAUUUUCUCAUGGAAUGGGACUUAUUUCUGAUGAACUCUAUGAGUCACUGAAGAAAAGUUGCGGAGGAGAAUAUCAAUCGAUCGACCCAAAAAAUUCAGAGUGUUUGGAAAAUCUAGAGGCUCGUGACAAGUGCAUUUCAGAAAUUGAAGAGUCCCAUAUUUUGGAACGCAAGUGUCCUAGUGUUACCCCACGUCUGAUAGAUAUGUUCGGCAAAAGAAGAAAUCUCCGUGAGAACUCUCAAGAAUUCCUCCAUUUCAAACCUGAUCUUCCUACCAUCGGAUGUCGUACUUAUGGACAUCUUCUUGCUACUUAUUGGGCAAAUGACGAUAAUGUCCGCAAAGCACUCCAUGUGCGAGAGGGAAGCAUCGGUGAGUGGCAACGAUGCAAUUAUAAAUCACCUUAUACUCAUGAAAUUAAGAGCAGCGUCAAGAAUCAUAUAGACCUUGGGAUAGAAGGUUACCGCAGAUUGAUCUACAGUGGCGAUCAUGACAUGGAGGUACCAUUCUUGGGAACUCAAGCAUGGAUAAGAUCUUUAAACUACUCUAUUGUUGAUGACUGGCAUCCAUGGCACUUUCAAGGUCAAGUUGCAGGAUACACGAGGACUUACUCUAGUCAAUUGACAUUUGCGACUGUAAAGGGUGGAGGGCACACUGCUCCUGGAUACAGGCCUGCAGAAUGUUUUGCCAUGUUUAAAAGGUGGAUAGUUCAAGAACCUUUGUAACUAGGCUGCGACCAAAAGCGCUGCGCCAUUGCAUUGGCCAAGCUGAAUUUUAUAAACACAAGUCAUGCUCUGGGUUCUGAAAAGAGGAGAUAGUGUUGAGUCACCAAAAGUGGAGAAAAACUUAGUACAGUAGAGAGCUGAAUCUCUUGUGUACUGUGAGCUGUGUGCACUUCCUGUUUUGUGAAGUUCUUCUAACAUCUUUACCCAUGUUAUUAUCGAACUGUUGAAAUUAUUAAGUGCA